AUGGUUGAAAUCACUAUGAUUAGUGUAUUAUUUUUUAUGACAGAUUCCUUUUGUUUAUGGAAGACAUAAUUCAAAGAAUAAACAUUUACAACGCCUUCGAAUUGGUAAAUUACUGGGGCAUAUAGUGGAAAUAGAGUUUGCACCUGCUCAGGUCUAAGUGUUUUUGGGGGAUAUUGUAUUGUUGGUGCAGGAAGCUAAAUGCAUGGGUCAUAUUCAAAUAUUCCGAAUCAUACUGAGAUAAAAGUGGUAUUAAAAGUUUACUAUAUUGAUUCAUGGGAUACAGAGACAACUGAAAUUAAUGUUGCUGGAUUAGUUUAACAGAGAACUUGGUUUUUUGAAUGGGGAUCAAGUGAUUUUUGUGGAUCAGCUUAUUAAGAUGGGUACUUUUGGGACACUUUUUAAGGAAGUCAUACUGCAGAUUCAUUUUCUAUUCAUGUUUCAAAUGGAUUAAACGAAGAUCCAUGUAAUGGUAAAUUUAACAUUAAACUUUUAGAAUCAUUAGGGUUAAGGGAUGUAUCAAUAUAUCUAAAACCUGUUUAAUGCGUACAAUAUUUUAGUGAAUGUAAUUAUACUGGAACAAUGAAAUAAAUUUGUCAAGGAUCACCAAAUUUAGAUAGAAGAAAUAUACCUUAGUAAAUAAAAUCAAUUAGACUUCAUGGUUGUGGAAGAGUUACUCUAACAAAAAAAGGUUAGGGUUCAAUAACAAUAACUGAAAAUGUUCCUUGUUUGACAGAAUUCGAUGUAAUUUAUUAAGUUUAAGUUGUAGUUUCCACCAGUUGAAAAUGUAAAUAGAUGA